UUCAGCAUUCAUAGGCAUAGUUCAUUUUGACCGGUAUGACAUAUACAAAUGAUAAUGUGAUAAAGCAGCAGAGAAUAGUAUGCAAGCAACUGAUGCAUGUCCAUAAAGGAUUAGCCUUUUGUCAGAAGGAAGGAGAAACUCCAAUGUGCACAAAUGACUAAAUGUUGUGCAGGUUGAACUAAAAGUUAUGAAAAUGUUCAUUUUGAUCAGAAAAAUGCGCCAAAGCAAUUGUGAAAACUAGGAAACCUCUUAAGACUUUCUUUCCCUCAGUUCACUUUGGGGUCGUGUCCAGCUUUUUAAGUCAGUACAGUAGCCGUUAUGUAAAUCCAGGUCUCUGCUUGUAACAGACUUGCAGAAGUUGCUGGCAUAUUCAAAGUUGGACAAAAGCUUCUCCUUCUUUAGAUAAUUGUGUGUUUUUGGAAGAAGAUCUUAUUGGGUUGGAUAGCAGCUGCCUCCCAGGUCUGACACUGUGACAGUGAAACAUGUAUAUGGGCUUUUCAGGCAGAUGUCAGACAGACAGAGGGGUUCCUUCAGAGGACACACAGCUCUAACAGGAUUGGAAAUGGUGCUGACCGGCUGCACGAGAAAGCAGGGGAUGAGAGUCAAAAGUGUCACCGAGGAGGGGUUUUCGAGGCAGGGCCGUAUUGUCUUUCAGCGACAAAGUUGUCCUGGAAUACAAUUUUCUAUGCCGCAACAGCUUGAGGAGAUGGAUAAGGAGGAUGAAUUAAAUUUGGAAGAAAAGCACGGAGCUUAGCGAAUGAAUAAAGCUGUUUGAACACGUCAUCAAACGCUGCUGGCACAGCAGGGGGGCCUCGGGGAUACACCCGUCUCCGAGGUGGCUGCUGGCGUGGGUGUGUGUGGAGGUUUUUUGCAUUGGCCAAAUAAACCGUCCAUCUUCGUGCAGAGGCAAGCGGCGGAUGCGAGUCGUGGGGUGGGGACUUACGGCGCUCUUUCCGCUCCAUAUUUGCACCUCUUUCAAACGUGCAGGGCCGACAAGCUUGGCGGUGCUGGGCAGAGGUUCUUUGAUGUUCGUCGAUACCGCUGCGUGAUGAUGUCACGCGGCAGAGAGCAAAGGAGGGAGGCGAGAUCAAAGGAGGAAGGGAGGGAUGAGGACACAACAGAGGAUAACCAAGACAACAACGGGACAAAGAUGGCGACUACUUGUUCUGCAGCGGGGCGUCCACUGGUGUCCACUCUUCCCAGCCGUUGGGAAGAACCGAAGGAACGUGGCGAGCUUGUUCCCCUUUUUUGUCCAAACCGGAUGACCGCCGGCGUUAGACGAUGGGAACCGGCACGCCAACAUCAGCCGUCACCGCCACCAGGCUAGCAAGAGACCGUUAGUCAUGGGUAAACACUCGGACAGUGAUUGGUCAGAGAUGAGGACCGGUGCUGGAACCUCACCUGAGCCACCAGGCCCAGACGUCCUCUCCACGGGAACGCCAGCCUCCGACAGCACACAUGCUCCUGGAUGACUGACGGCGGAGGAGAGUGACAGGGAGGAUGUUCGAGCGGCGGCAGCGGCAGCGGCGUGCUCUUUGGGUCCUGCCAGCGUCUCUGCCUGUGUGGACAUUGGCUCCUAAAUGACUUCCCUCCUGUUCAAAGGAACAACCAGGCUGAGAGGGUGAAUUGUUUUCCAGCAAACUCACUGCUACAGAGGAAGGUCUGACCUCCUUCUUCUGCAACCAGAGACAUGAGCGUUGUCAGAGAUUUACAUGGGGUCGGGUACAGGGGCGGCGGAGGCGUCGUGGCUUCUCUGAACGGCCCCGCGCACUUCACCGAAGAUGCCCCCCGGCCUCCCGUUCCCGGCGAGGAGGGCACUGAUCUGGACCCGCCGGUCCAGUCGGGCAACAGCCGUCCGGGCAGCCUGUCCCAAACCCAGGGAUAUCCCUCUUCUAAAAUGGGAGACCCGUUGAGUCACGCGCCCUCCUCCUCGUCGUCCGCAACCCCCCGCCGGCCCGACCUGGACCUGGGCUACGAGCCGGAGGGCUCGGCGUCUCCGACUCCGCCGUACCUGAAGUGGGCCGAGUCGCUUCACUCGCUCCUGGACGACCAGGAUGGCACCAACCUGUUCCGGAGCUUCCUGUGUCAGGAAGGGUGCGAAGACCUGGUCGACUUCUGGUUCGCGUGCUCGGGCUUCCGGCAGACCAGCCAGGACAAGAGGACCAAGUUGGCCAAGGUCAUCUACAGGAAGUACAUAGUGGACGGGAGCGGCAUCGUCUCCAGGACGAUCAAAGCGGCCACGAAGAGCUUCAUCAGAGACUGCGUGGGAAAGCCACAUCUAGACCCUGCCAUGUUUGAACAGGCUCAGACGGAGAUCCAGGCCAUGAUGGAGGAGAACACCUACCCUCUGUUCCUUAAAUCUGACCUUUACCUGGAGUACACCCGGACGGGAGGAGAGAGCCCCAAGCCCAAUCCCAGCGAUCAGAGUCCCUCAUCGGGCCUGGCCAAGCCGCCGCCCGGCUAUCUGCCGACUCUAGCUGAGGAUGUGGAGUGGAGAGGUGGAGUUCGAGAGGAAGAGAAAGAUGAAGAAGAUUGCGGAGACACACCAGUGAGUAGGCUGACCCAAAGCCUGCUGAUGCAGACGGCACCGCAGAGGGCCUCACCCAACAGGAGGAGGCAGGACAGCAGGGAGUACAGACCUUGGAGAGAGCCAGUAAACCCAUAUUACGCAAACAUGGGCUACGCCCGGGCCCCAGUAACCAGCGCCAACGACAGUGAGCAGCAGAGCAUGUCAAGCGACGCAGAUACAAUGUCCUUGACCGACAGCAGUGUAGAUGGUAUUCCUCCAUACAGAUAUCGGAAGCAGCAUCGGAAAGAGAUGCAUGAAAGUGCCAAAGCCAAUGGCCGUGUGCCCCUACCUCAUAUACCUCGCACGUGUCGCAUACCAAAGGACAUCCACGUAAAGCCGGAGAUGUUUGCAGCAGAGCUCAUCAACAGGCUGGAGGCUGUUCUCAAAGAACGAGAGGCCCAGGAAAGGCUUGAAGAAAGGCUGAAGAGAGUACGACUGGAAGAAGAGGGCGACGACGCCGACGUCUCCAUGACGACCUCCAUGUCUUCUCACAGCAUACCACUUCCCCUCCCCUCGUCGUUUCCACCUCUGUACGGGGCCCGUUAUUCAGAGACCACUGCGAACACGGGAGCAGCCACCACGUACGGCGGCCUGGUCGCCAUGGAGGACCCUCACGAAGACGACCCCGAAUCCAUUUUGGACGAACAUGUGCAGCGGGUGAUGAAGACGCCGGGCUGCCAGUCGCCGGGGGCAACCAACAGCAGCUUAGGCGGCGGAGGGCGGCAUACUCCGCCCAAAACGUCACGCUCACCUGACGGAGGGAUUGGGCCGCCUCACUACCCCUCACACAGAGGAGGGGGGCAGAGUCUGCCAACCGUGGGGGCUAAAGGCAUUUACCACCAUAAGCAGGUUUACCACCACAGAGGAAGAGACGGACAAGAGGAGACGGGAGGUCGGCCUCCGCCCAACCUGCUGUUGAACGGAGACCAAGCCAACCAGUACGCGGGCCGGAGAAACUACGCAGACGGAGCUGGAGCCAGCACCCUCGAGGGCAUGGGCUACGGUAGCAAAGGCAGCACAAUGUCACGGCGGGGCUUUAAGAAGACGGAAACGUCGAGCAAAGGUGACGAGAGUGGGCGUGGCCUGGAAACCCAGGGCUAUCCGGGUACUCAGGUGGAGGAUCUGGAGAGGAACCAGAAGAUUUUGCAAUGGAUGAUGGACGGAGACAGGCAAAGGAAGAGUUCUCAUGGCGGCAGCACCAGCAGCUCCAGGAGAACGGGAACCAGCACCGAGUCGCCGCGCCCGACCUCCGUGGAGCGACCUGGAGCCGUGCACCCGUGGGUCUCCGCCCAGCUGCGCAACAACUCCUCCUCGGUGUCCACGGCGAUCGCCGGCUCGUCGUCCACUCAGGUCCAGCCUUCGCACCCGUUCAUCCAGGACCCGGCCAUGCCACCCAACCCCGCCCCCAACCCGCUCACGCAGCUGGAGGAGGCGAGGCGGAGGCUGGAGGAGGAGCGGAGGAGGGCUGCUCUACUGCAGGCGAAGCAGAAACACAAGUCUGGGAAGCGGCAGGUGUGUGAGAACAUGACCGUGGCGUACUACUUCUGUGGAGAGCCCAUCCCAUACCGGACAUCAGUGAAGGGCCGCGUGGUGACUCUGGGCCAGUUUAAAGAGCUGCUUACCAAAAAGGGCCACUACAGGUUCUACUUCAAAAAGGUGAGCGACGAGUUCGACUGUGGAGUUGUGUUCGAGGAGGUCCGCGACGACGACGCCAUCCUGCCCAUCUUUGAGGAGAAGAUUGUCGGGAAGGUGGAGAAGGUCGACUGAAAUUCUGGGAACGGGAAACGGAACAGAUGACUAUCGAAACGAGGAGACGCGACACCUGCAAGAAAUCGGAACGUUGGCAAGUAGAAAGAUGGACGAGCGAUGUCUCAGAAGGGUAGAAAGACGCUGCGUAGAACGACUGAUGAAAGAUGGGAACUCACGGAUAAACAAAUACCUGCCUGGAUCAGAAACAAAGGAAAAAAAAAUUGGGUCAGAUAAUGCUGGAAUGGAGAACAGAGCAAAAUAUUUUCCCUCUGUUCUGUUCUUUACAGAUCAACAAGGAGAGCUAUAUAUUAAAAAAAAAAUGUUGAUGGAAAGGGGGUGAGGGAACUUCUGGAAGGAAAAAAAAAAGAGGAUGAAAGUUGUCUUCCACUUCUGCUCUAAAGGAGGAGCGCGUGUCCUCUGCAGACCAUUACAAUGCUGCUACAUUACCACGGAAACGCUUCAGUCGGUGCUCAGGACGGCAGCUCGCCGUCUUCGUUCCUCGUCACCUGGGGACCGGUGGGGGAGAGGACAGAAACAAAAAAUCUGAACGUUUUCAUCUAGCUUCUCGUUUGUAUUUGUUUUUUUUGUUUGUUUUGUUUUUUUUUGCCUUGGUAGCCUCAGAACAGAGAGACGUACUCACCGCCGCGCGGCCCAACGCGUCCCACACUGAUCGCUCACAUCCUACCGUUCACACGACAGUUCUCCUAACUUGUUUACCAAAGCUACAUAUUUUGUUUGACUGGACAAGUAUUCUAGCUACUUGUUAUCAUUUCAUUUGAUUUGUAUAUGAACAAAGGCAGGUACUAUUACUUAUUUACUGCAUUUUUGUUUUGUCAUAUCUCACUUUAUAUAGUAUUAUUGUGUAUGUUUUGAAAAUCACGUCGAAGCAGCGAUGGAGUUUCUCGUCACUAAAUCAUAAAAGUGCCCCUCGUUUCCGUCGUCUCGAUAGGAUUCGUCUGCUCUUAAAUGUUUUUUUUCUUUCUUUUUUUCUGAACCUAGCUUUUUUUUUUUCCUCCUCUAUAAUGUUUCUCAAAAUUCCCACUUUUCUAAAACACCUCUGCAAGUUUUCCACAUCUGCCCCAGUUGGUAGUCUCGUGUGUGUUGCAGCGGAAGCUGAGGAAACAUGCGGGGUGGGUACACAUCGCUGUGUUUACAGGACUUCAGAUUAAGCUAAUGUAGAAAUUGCCUUUUUUUUUAUGUUCUUUGCUUUGUUGAAAUCCUCAGCGGUAGGUUUAUCCCGGGUGCCUGCCUUGUCGGUGCCGUUAUGCUUUUCAACAAAAAAAAAAACCAAUUCUCAAUCACAUCUGCGCCUUUAUCCGUCUUGUAUGUGAUCUCUGCCAAAGAACAUGUGUCCUACAAGCCGACAUGCGUGUCUAAGAAUCAUUUUUACCGUAACGAGCUGAAGGGAAUGUUGCUCCAGUAGAUUUGCCAAUC